UGAACAUAAAGCGAUUCGCCAUGAUUUCUAAGGAAAUAUUAAUCACAUUAUUUUUGUUGUCUCUUGGAGCCGACAUAGUUUCAGCGCGCGUGGACCAUUUGAAAAGAUUUAGAGAUGAAGACCAAGUAGCUGUGGUAACUGGAGCUAGUAGAGGUUUAGGCCUUGCUACAGCUGCGCGGUUGCUCAAAGAGGGCAUAAACGUAGUUGCUAUAGCUAGACGAGAUGAGUUACAUGCGAAUAUAAAAAAUCUCCUACCGAAACCGAAAGAUAACCCCAUACCACUAGGAAUAUUGUACGCGAAAAAAUGUGACGUUACUAACGAAGAAGAAUUCUUAAAGAUUUUUGAAUGGAUAAACCAAACUUUCAAGGGGAUAUCUAUAAUAGUGAACAACGCUGGUGGGCCUAUAAGGGCCACUCUUUUAGGAGGGAAAACGGAUAAUUGGAAGACGCUUCUGGAGCUCAAUGUCAUCGCUCUAUCGGUGGGCACUCGAGAAGCGUACCGGUCUAUGGUGAGAAACAAUAUCGCCGGUCACAUUAUUCAUAUGAAUAGCGUUACUGGACAUUCCUUCAUCGGCGCUUUUGGACAUAAAAUGUAUAACGCAUCCAAAAAGGCCAUAACAGCGUUAGCGGACGGGUUAAGACAAGAAUUGAAACUUAAAAAUUCGAAUAUUAAAGUCACGAGUUUAAGUCCGGGCUUAACCACAACUGAUAUAUUGGUAGCUGACGAAGCCACUCGACAACACAACCCAUACACAAGCCCAAAACCAUCAUUAGACGCCGAUAACGUGGCUGACGCAAUCAUCACAGCACUAGAUACACCUGUAGAGGUUUUGAUUGCGGAAUUAAUUGUCGUUAAAGUCCCAACUACUAUACAAUAUCAUUCCACACCUGCGGGUCCUUUUACGAUUGAAUUACAAGACUAAACAACGAGUCACACAUCAUAUAAUACAUUAAUACUUGAUACCUAUUUUGUUUUAAAAACUAUUGUUCUAAAGAUAUAAACUUUUAAAUGUAUACCUAUGUUUUAUUUUAUUUAUGU